AGGCCAUCUGAUCCCCACGGUGGGACCCAGCUAAUGGGCCGCAUGGAUCUCAUCCACGUGUACCACGUUGGCAAGCAAGAGAGGAGAGCUAGAAGAAAACAAAAUUGCACUUGCAAAGGAGAAAAGGGAAACGACUACGCGCAUUUCGCAUUCUUCCUUCGAAUGCAGCAGCAGCAGCGGCAUCUCUUUCUAUUCAUGUGAGAUCGUCCCAUCGACCUUCCUCAGCUCUCAGGCCAGGUUCUCCUUCCGUUUCCUUCUGCUUCACUGCUUAUUGCUAUAAUGGAGCACUCCCCUGCGAAUCAACUCCCAGAAGCAGACUCCUUGCCCGAUGGCUUUGUUGAAAGCUCCAUGGAUCCUCCAAGUUCUAUAUUGGUGGAAACAGAGAAGCAUCAGGAGCCAUUGGAUUACAAGGUGAGUACCUUACUGGAACUUGGGCAUUCAUCAUCGGUAGACUGUUCUACGGUGGACCUGCCACCACCAGAACAUGAAUGCCCGUACCCAGUGGGCAGUGAUGGGAUCCAUUUGUCUGGUAACAAAGAAGCAGCCGAGAAGACAGAGAAGCCUAGGACAUUUCCUGUCACUUUGUUUGAGAAGGAUAGCGUUGAAAUGGAUGGGAAUUUAGUGGUUAAUGAUGAAUCUGUUACGCCUGAAGUGGACCGUAACCCUCCUGAAGGUUUGAUGAGGAUGUCGUCCCCCAGUACUGAGUUUACAGUCAAUUCAUCUUGUGGACACAAAGAUGUUGAAGAAGAAACCCGAAAUCCCGAACAACGAUCCACUGAAGGGUGCUUGGAGCAACAAGGCAUCACUUCAGAAGAAAGACCUGGACCAGGAACCGCUGUCUGUCAAAAAAACAGAAAGCUAGUCAACACAUGUUGGAAUCAAGAGGUUUUGAUGCAGCAAAACUGUAACAGAAGUGCUUCUGAAUGUUUACACCUGAGAGUUGGAUCUACUUUCCAACAGUUAAUACAGGAGAGCUCCUCGGAAGUGAAACGGAAACCUGUAAAACGCAGUGUCAAAUCUGAAAAGGAAUUACUGGAGUUUACUUUGAAGUAUCAAAAAGUGAUUGCAGAAAGAGAUGCGGCUAUUGCUGUUCGAGAUAAGCUCGAGUCUCUAUGCAGGGAGUUACAACGUCAAAACAAAAUGCUCAUGGAUGAAUGCAAGAGAGUAUCUACUGAAGGGCAAAACAUGAGGUCAGAUCUAUCUACAAAAUUCCACGAUGCAAUUAAGGAUGUGAACAAUAAACUUGAAGAGCAAAAAGACGAAUGCCUUUCUCAACUCAAGGAAAAUGAAACGUUAAGAAACAAAUUGAAGCAUCUUGCUGAUCAGUAUGCGGUCUCUGAACAGAAAUUUCAACAGAAGUUGAAGCAGAAAAUGCUGGAACUUCAGCUUGCAGAUCUAAAAAUUCAACAACAUCAAGAAAAGUCAGUUCAGGAACAAACCCAAAUGCAGUUGUAUGCCGAACAGGUGUCACAGCUGUUGGCAACUGAAAAGAAUCUGCGGUUGCAGCUGCAAGCUGAUGGGGAAAAAUUUCAACAGUUCCAAGAUGCAUUGUUGAAAAGUAAUGAGGUCUUUGAAGCAUUUAAAAAAGAGAUGGAAAAGAUGGCAAAAUCGAUAAAGGAUCUUACGAAGGAAAACAUUUUCUUGAAGAGCAAAUGUGAGAAGACGGAUGUUUCACUCAUAGAACUUGUUGAGGAGCUGGAACACCUGAAGAAACAGCUGGAAAAAAUGAAGAAUCAGAAGGAAAAGCUUCAAUCACUUUGUCGGUCACUUCAGGCGGAAAGGAAACAGAAUCCAGUUGGCUGCAAUCAUACUUCCGAAUCGCUUCCUACUGAAGUACGGGUUGGUUCCACAGAAGAAGAAUGUUCCUGAAAAUUUUUUCAAGUGAUACCACAGUUCUGUUGCGGUUUCUUACAUUAUGCCAACUUUCCUGUAUGUGUAUCGGAUGCAUGUCUUCUUUUUUGUGGCAUUUCUUAUUAUUUUGACGUGGGCAUAUAUCCUCAAGUCAGAAAGAAUUAUAUGUAGAUGUAAACUUAUUACAUCUCCUUUUUGGAUGGGAUGAUGAAAUCCAUCUUCGAACUGAUGAAUUUG